AUGAAUAAUAAUUUAGAAUCUAAAAAAAGGCAACAAAGUAUUGAAGAAGAUGACAAUAUUUCUAUAGUACAUUAUACAAGUUUUAAAAAAAUUUUUUGUUCAAUAUUAAUUCGUCUACUGUUAGCUGCUAUAUUUCUUGGAAUUGCAGUUGCUGCAUUAAUAUAUGCUUUUAAUACAGGUGAAAAAAGUCGAGGAACAAACCAUGGACCAAAUAUACCUGGUGACACAUAUUCAAUGUACAUUUCUCAAAAUUGUUCAGAAGGUUUUAUGAAAAUUGAAGAAAAAUUACCAAAACAAAAUUCAAAUGAUUCGCAACAAUAUAAAGUUACAAAAAUAGGAUCAUUUUGGUAUCAGGAUGAUAUUAAAAAAAGACUUGUUCAUAGAAUUGGACUUGAUAAUGAGGAUUGGAUGUAUACAUAUUUUAUUUUUAAAAAUUAUGCAUACCUUGAUAUGCCCGGAAAGUGCACAAAAUUAACAAAUGUUACAUAUAAUAAUUAUAUUGCAAGUAUGGGAUUACUUAAUAUGAGAAAAAUUGAAGAAAGUAUUGGUAUUCAUGAUGGAAAAAAAAUUAUUGAAGCAUUAGAGUAUGAAAAUAUACCAUCAUCAGAUAGUGUAUAUAAUAAUACACAUCCAACUGUUACAACAUUAUAUUUAGAAAAAGAUAGCUAUGCAUCAUUAAGAUGGGAUUUAAGAUUUUAUGAAAAAUCAUCGACAUCUUUAUUAAGUAGUUUUUGUCGAGAAACAUUUGAUUGUCCAAAUGGAGCUACAUGUAUGGAAGCAACAAAUCAUCAAACAAUUAAAAUUUGUUGUACAUCUAUGAUUAAAGCAACAUGUCCAAUUAACUAUACACCAAUGUUAGAUUUAAAUGGACAAUAUAUUUAUUGUUCUAUGUCAAAUGAUAAUAUUUGUACCAGUGAUAGUAAAUGUCUACAAUCUCCAACAAAACCUGAAGUUUUUUUAUGUUGUACAUCAACAAUUGCACCAUCAAUAUGCCCAAGUAAUCAAGAUGCUUUAAUUAAUAAUGGUGAAAUUGAAACAUGUAGUGGACCACAAAAUAGUUGUUCAAUGGAUGGUUAUACAUGCCAAUAUUCAACAACAAUAAAUAAAUGGGUUUGUUGUGGUAAUCCUAUAAAUCCAAUUCCUUAUUGUAAAAAUGGUGAUUUACCAUAUUCUCUAGAUGAUGGAGAAAUAUAUAGAUGUUUAUUAACAGAAUCAACAUGUCCUCAAGGUUAUAAUUGUGAAGAAUCAACAAUACCAUUAACAAAUGUAUGUUGUAAUAGUACAGGAACAAAUAUAACAACAACAACUCUUGAACCAAUAACAAUAUUACCAAUAACAACAACAACAGUAUCAUCUAUAUUAAGUUGCCCAAAAAAUUGGAAUCCAUAUCGUUAUCCAACAGGAAAUUAUCAUAUAUGUAAUUCUGUAUUAGAUUCAACAUCAUGUCCAUUUGGUUUUAGUUGUGUACCAUCAAAUUUUGAGGAUGUUUUUAUUUGUUGUCGUUUGUCAAUGUCUUUUGAGUGUUCAAAGAAAAACUCAACAUUACUUUUAAAUAAUCAACCACGACUUUGUUCUACUUCACUACCAAAUUCUUGUCCAGUUGAUUUUGAUUGUCUUCCAAGUACAAUUGGUAGUAUAAAUAUUUGUUGCAAAAAAGAAAUAAAUUUAAAAUGUAAAAAUGGAAGAAAAAUUGGUAUGAUAAAUGGAAAUCCUCAAUAUUGUUCAAAUUAUGGUUAUCAAGAUACAUGUAAAUUUGGAUAUAUAUGUGAUAAUAGUACUAUUGAUGGUUUAAAUGUCUGCUGUUAUGUUUUAUAA